GGGGCGGGGCGGGAGAGGAGCCUUCCCAGGCCCUGCGGCGGGGUCCCCCCGCGAUGGAGGCCGCGCACCGGGCGGCGCGGCUGGCCGCCUCCUGCCUCCGCACCCCGCUCGACCCGCGCACCCGGGCGCCCGCCGCGCUGUACGAGCGGGGGCCGCCGCCCGCCGAGCCCCAGGAUGGCUUUGAUUUGGAUUCAAAUAGCAACAGAGAGCAGACCCUCUCUCUAAAUGGGGACUCUGACAAGUGGAUAGACUUUUCCAAAAUGUGCAAUUCAAAUCAGGAAUAUUACUUGAGGCUCGAAGAGUUGAAGAAUGCCCACUUGGAGACCAUGGCAAAAUUAGAAAAUAUGUAUCGGAGUAAACUGUAUUUAAAAGGGGUACAACCCUUGAACAAGGAAAAUGCUGCUUCCAGUGUCAGUUGUAGGCCAACGUGGGAGAAGAACUCGUAUCAGCCUCUAAAUUUGCACAAAUCCUUUUCUGACUCUGACUUAAGUGAUCCCUUAGGCUCAGGUAUAUCUGAUGGGACUGAGAGAGAAUUAGCAUUUGAAGAAAAUGGUAGUGAAACUGGAUCAUCUGCUAAGCAAAGGAUUGAAAAAAUGUGGGAUGGGUUCUCUGUGGAAGACUACAUCUCCCGCAUCAAACACAGCUUACCAAGCUCACCAGCCUUCAGAAUCAAAAAGAAGAAACAGAAAGCAUGGUCUCCCAAAGUUACUGUGCCCAAGCCUUUCCAGAUGACAAUCAGAGAAGCUAGAAAAAAAGAACUGAAAGUCAAAUCAAAGUCACUGAUGGAAAUAGAAAGUAACUUAUUGAAAAAGCAACUAGAGGAAGAAGCUGAGUGUCAGAAAAAAUUCCGAGCCAAUCCAGUGCCCGCUGCUGUUUUCCUUCCACUCUACCAUGAAAUCAUGCAACGAGAUGAAGAACGCAGAAGGUCUGUGAAAGAGAGAAGCAAACUCAAGCUCUUGGCUUCUCAGAAGCCAUUUAAAUUCACUGAACGAGAGAAGCAAAGGAGUGAAAUUAGGAAAAUGCAAUUAAGAGACCUUUCCAUACCUGAAAAGAAAACAAAACUGUUCAAAGCAAGGCCCGUUCCUAAAUAUGUUUAUAGUCCAGCUGUUAGUGACAAGCUGAAGGAGGAAGAGCUCUACAGAGAAAUCAGGAUCAGAAUGAGAGCUGAGGAGAUGCUUCGUAAUUCAUCUCUACCCAACAGCAGACUGGCUUUAAAAGACAGCAAUAAAAAGGAGAAACACAACUGUAUUGAACCAAAGGAAAGAGAACAUAAACCCAAGAUCAAAUCAAAUGUUCCAGAUUUUGAUCUUCUACACCAGAAAUUUCAGGAACAGCUCCUGCAACAAAAACAAGUGAAACACCUUACCGUCUGUGAACCUUUUGAUCUUCGUACUCCGUAUAUUCCCUCAAACAAGGGAAAGAUUUUGAAGGACAUUGAGGAGGAUGAGCGGAAGCUGAAAGAAACACGCUGGCCAUAUGCCUCUCCAAGACGUACUCCUCAAAUGAGACACUCGAGUGCAAAUUCACAUCUCUCAGGUUUUGGAGCAUCUAAAUUGCCCAAAAUCACAGAAUCUACAAGACGACGGCUACAAGCCGUAAGGAAUUCACUUGAGGAAAAGAGAAAACUGGAAGAACAACAAAAAAGGAACAAAACAGAACAGAAACAAAGAACGAAAAAACUUCGGAAAAUUGUAACAACUCGGGCUGAGGCCAAUGACCCACAUCAGAGCCUAGCUCAAAUAUCUAAAUCCAAAUUAAAAACAUUCAGGAAUUAUGAGAAGCAGAGAAUGCAAGAAUAUUUGCAAGAGUUGCAAGAAAUGGAAGAAAGAGUAAAUCAAAGGCCAUUGCUUCUUGAAAGAGUCACUCAGAAAAAUGCCAGAAUAGCUGCAGAAAAGCAUUAUUCUAACAGACUGAGAGCACUGGGGAUAUGCCCAGAGUUUAUUUCAAAGAAAGGACAAACAACUAAAUUGCUACAAUUCUCCAGUACUGAAGAUUUUAAUAACACCAUUGAUGCCAGAGAAAGAGUCAUCAAGGAUAUCAUGAAAGCAAUUGAAUCCUUUGAGGAAGCAGCUGACAGUAGUCCUCAGUAUGAGCUGUCCUGUGAGGAGAAGGAGGAGGAGGAGGAGGAGGAGGAAGAGAAGAGGAAAGGUGUCAAAACCUCCCUGCAGGAUGGCCAGUCCACUGAGGUGGAGGAUGAGGAAGAGGCAAGAGCCAGCCCUCAGCCUUGCCAUGCAGGGGAGUCUGGGUCCAGCCUUGCCUCUAACCAGCACCAUCAAGAGGAAGAGGAUGAAGAGGAAGCAAAGGCAGGCCAUUCCCAGGAGAAAAAGGAGGACAGUGAUAAGUCGAGAGCUAACUCUUUGUCUGACCAGUCCCACAAGGGUGAAGAAGAGAGUCAGUCUGACCCUGAAGCUGAAGAUGCCUUCAAAUAUGAAGAUGAGGAAUAUGAAAAUUAUGAUUCAGAAGAAAAAUCCCAUGAUGAUGAUGAUGAUGAUGAUGCUGACUGAAAGGAAGGCAGAAGGAACUCAGGAACAAAUUUCAUUGCUGGCAGUGAAAUAGACACCAAAGAAAACCCUGACACUUUGCUACUGAUACAAAAUUAAUUUAAACCUCUAAAGUUUUUCCAGCACAGAAAUUUUGUCUGUUUUCCAGUAAGAAGGAUCCAGUUACUAAUUCCACCAAGAAAAUUUUUUGUAUUAAUUUUAUUUAUUCUAGUGUUUUGUGACAUUAGUGAACCUCUGUUCAUAAAGUGAACUGUUUAAUAAUAAUGUCUUGCAUGCUGUGUUGGAAAUUACUGAGGUCUUAACACAUCCAGCUCUUCCUACAUGCUGGCAAAGCCAGGUGAGGUUUUGGAGCAGUAAUUUGCCCUUAUCAGGGCAUCCCAGUCUCAAAUAUUUCAGUACUUCUAGGGUCUGUUCCUGCAGCAUCUUCUAGGAUGGCAAUGAAUAGACCAGAUUUUGUUGUGCAAGACCUCCAAGUGUUUUCAGCAGGGCAGCUGCUAGGAAGACAACUUUUUGGGCAGUUGAACAAUAUGGCUAAAUAAAUCUGUUCAGUUUGUCCCUCCUCUUCCCAUGGGGUUUGUCUUCUGGCCACUUAAGUGAGCUGAAUCAGAUCAUAGAUGGGUCAGAUGAGUACCAUGGCCAGAAAAUACUACUGCUUUUGGAGGAAACAAGUCAUUAUAUCAACUCAACUACUUUGUCCAGCUAAAAUAUUAACAGCACUGCAGGCACCUGAAGGCUCUUCCUGUAGAGGAGAAAAUGCCUAGAACACACUGAGAGAGGCCACUUAAACUUUCACAGAGAUUUUUUACACAUACAAAGAAGCAAGGUUAGAGUAAUAGGUAAUGCUGCAGAUCUUGUAUUACUGUCUAACCAAUCCUCAAAGCUGCUCUUUCAACUCCAUUUUGUUUUGAAGAGCUCUUCCCAUGAUCAUAUAAAAUAAUUCUUCAUAACAUAAUAACAGAUGCUGACACUAAUCUUCAAAUUUCUUUAUUGAGACAAGAAACACUCUGUAGAGAGACAGUCUUAUUACAUCAGAUGGAAAUGUAGCCAACAACUCAAAUUGCAUGGAAGUAUAGAAGGAAAUGCUUUAGUACCUUUUCUUACACACUCAGCACUCAGCUACUACACAACAAAGAAUGAAAAUAAAAGGUUUGGGGUUGUUUGGUUUUUGCUUUUCUGUUUUUUUCUUCUUUAGAUUAGCUGCAACUUCUUCUGUUACUAACUUUAUUGCUAACUUGUCAUAUGCAGUGUUAGGAAACAAUGCAUCCACAUAAUAACAGGCCACACACAAGGAUUGCCAACAGGCUUUGUAAGAACCAGAGUAUAAGAUGACAUUGGCACAGGUGUUCAAAACACAUUCACUGAAUAUUAAAUGCAUUUCUUCAAUCUACCAGGUUUGCAAAAGCAUCUGCAAUGACUAACAAAAAGGAUUUAUUUUUUUUAACUUUAUUAUUAUUUUCUUCCCUGUUGCAUGCAAGAGCACUAGCUAAAUAUGUUAUUAUUUCUUCCUCCUGACUAAGAAACCAUGUAACAAUGUUUGGAAGUUUUUUUAGCAUUAUUACUUUUAUUUAUUUUUGAAGUGUGAGUGUAACUAAGGUGAAUUUGAAACUUUUUUUACUUAAAUAAAAUACCCAUUCUUUAUAUGCCA